AUGUCUGCAAGAGGCCGAGGGAGCGGCGAUCCAACCGGUGCUGGUGGUGGCCGCGGACGAGGGCGAGGACGAGGGCGAGGGCGUGGUGGUGGACAACAGCCGCCGGUUUCUUCUCAAAACAUCGGUGGAAGAGGAAAUGCUGGACAAUCCGGCCCUCGUGUUGCCGUUCAACAGACACCGAUGGUGAGAGAUUUUGAAAAUCUUGCGAUAGGUUCACCGGCGACGACAUCAGAACCGGUCGUUGCUACGGCUACUGCGGCAGGUCCAGUUCGCCAGCAGCCAAUGCAGCAACUUCCUGUUCAGACAUCGCCGGAAGCGAUGGUAGCCUCGCAGCAACAGGCGGCACCGGCGGCUCCUUCUCAGGCCGUACCGUUGGUGCCUUCGUCGUCGAAGAUGAUUAAGGCACCGGCUAGGAAUGGUUUUGGAACUGUUGGGAGAAAAUGUGUUAUUAGGGCAAACCAUUUUCUUGUUGAUAUCGGGCAAAAGGAUCCGCACCAGUACGAUGUGACAAUUGCUCCUGAGGUUACUUCAAAGAGUAAAUGUCGAGAAAUCAUGAAAUUUCUUAUCGAUUCAUAUCGGGCUUCACACUUGGGAAAUUUGUUGUUGGCAUAUGACGGGAAGAAAAGUGCAUUUGCUGCAGGGGCACUGCCUUUUGAAUCUAAAGAGUUUGUAGUUAAGAUAGCUGAGAACAAUGGGCGGGAGCGCGAAUUCAAAGUCACUAUAAAAUUUGCUGCCAGAAAAGACGUUCACCAUCUGAGGCAGUUUUUAAGUGGCAGACAGCCUGAUUGUCCACAAGAGACUAUCCAAGCUCUUGACGUCGUAUUGAGGGAGUCUGCUUCUCAAGGUCGCGAGAUAGUUGGGAGAUCGUUGUUUAGUUGUGAGUUUGGCCACGGUUCCCUUGGUGAUGGAAUAGAGUUCUGGAAAGGAUUCUAUCAGAGUCUCAGACCAUCCCAAAUGGGACUCUCACUAAAUGUCGAUAUGUCAGCCCGGGCAUUUUAUCAACCAAUGUUGGUUUCUGAAUUUGUAUCAGAAUUCCUCAACAAAGAUAUAACAAGACCACUCUCAGACCAAGAACGUAUUAAGGUGAAAAAAGCUUUGAGAGGUGUCAGGGUGGAAGUUCGGCGCCAGGAUUACAUGAGGCGCUAUAAGGUUCAAGGAUUAUCAGUUCAACCAACCAACCAACUAACCUUUCCUGUUGAUACCACUGGAGAAACUGUAUCUGUUGUUCGGUAUUUCUAUGAAAAGUACGGCUUACGGCUUAACUAUCCUCACCUUCCUGCGAUACAAGCUGGCACAGAUGCAAAACCUACAUAUCUGCCAAUGGAGAUUUGUAGGCUUGCUGGUGGUCAGAGGUAUACUUUAAAGCUCAAUGAAAACCAGGUGACCAAACUUCUAAGGAACACGUGCCAGCGCCCACGGGAGAGGGAAGAGAAUAUCAUGAGGAUCAUACAAAGCAACGGAUAUAACAAAGAUAAGCUUGUCAGUGAGGACUUUGGAAUGAGAGUGAGAGAGCAACUCACUUCAAUAGAUGCUCGAGUUCUUCCACCUCCAAAUCUCAGGUAUUAUGGUUCAGGUCCUGGAUCAGAAGUUGAGCCAGCAGUUGGCCAAUGGAAUAUGAUCAACCUGAAAAUGAUCAAUGGAGGUACUGUCAAUUAUUGGGCAAUAGUCAACUUUUCAAGGCAGAGGCAAGAAGCAGUUGAGCGCUUUUGGAAAGGAAUAGUUACAAUGUGUCAAAAUAAAGGAAUAGUUUUCAAUCCCCAACCUCUGCUUCCGAUGGUUUCUGCGCCAGCACAUAGUAUUGAGAAGGCACUGGUUGACAUCCAAUCUGGGUGUUCUGCAAAACUAGCAGCAGAGGUCGCACCAGGCAAACAACUACAAUUGUUGUUUGUCAUUCUUCCAGAAGCAAAAGGAACUUAUGCAAGGAUCAAACGAGUGUGUGAAACAGAGCUGGGAAUUGUUUCUCAAUGCUGUAAACCACAAAAUGUUGUGAAGCUCAGUCAGCAGUAUUUUGAAAAUGUAGCUCUUAAGAUUAAUGUUAAGGUAGGGGGAAGGAAUACGGUGCUGUCUGCAGCUCUCAACAAUCGGCUUCCUUACAUAACUGAGCGUCCAACCAUAAUUUUUGGAGCUGAUGUCACGCAUCCAUCACCAGGAGAGGAUUCCAGCCCUUCCAUUGCUGCUGUGGUUGCUUCAAUGGAUUGGCCCCAUGUUACAAAAUACAAAGCGUUGGUCUCUGCACAACCACACAGACAAGAAAUUAUUCAGGAUCUUUAUACAACUUGUUCAGAUUCGAAAAGGGGUGUUGUUCAUGCAGGCUUGAUUAGGGAGCUUCUGAUAUCUUUCAAGAAAGCAACUGGGCAUAAACCUCACAGGAUUAUAUUUUAUAGAGAUGGUGUUAGUGAAGGACAGUUUAAUGAGGUUUUGCUGAGCGAAAUGGACCAAAUUCGUAGGGCAUGCGUAUCAUUGGAGGAGCACUAUUUGCCGCCUGUUACGUUUAUUGUGGUUCAGAAGAGACAUCAUACAAGAUUCUUUCCUGCAAGGCAUGGUGAUAGGCAAAGCACCGACAAGAGCGGGAAUAUUCUUCCUGGGACUGUGGUGGACACAAAGAUUUGUCAUCCAACAGAAUUUGAUUUCUACCUGUGUAGCCAUGCUGGUAUUCAGGGAACAAGUCGUCCAACGCACUAUCAUGUGUUGUAUGAUGAAAACAAGUUUACCGCUGAUGGAUUGCAAUUGCUGACGAACAAUUUAUGCUACACAUAUGCAAGGUGUACCAGAUCUGUCUCCAUCGUGCCUCCUGCAUAUUAUGCACAUUUGGCUGCAUUUCGAGCUCGGUACUACAUGGAAGGUGAGUUUUCUGAUAGUGGAUCACAUGGGCAACGUGCAACAAGGGAGAGGGUGGCGGAAGUGAGGCCUGUCCCAGUGAUUCAUGAAAAUGUGAAGAGUGUGAUGUUUUACUGUUAAUUUGGAAAACAUUGGUAUUUGGUUUUUGGUUUUUGGUGAUGUAUAUAAACAAGGAAAGAUGCAAAGCAAAGUGAAAUUGCUUUUGCAUGAUGAUGGUGUUUUGUUGGUUGGAAAAAAGAAUGGUCAGUUUUUUGGGACUACUAUGUAACUGACAUUUGAUUGAAAUCAUACUUACAUCCUUGAUGCUUCUGAAA